GCCGCAGCACACUGGGACACUGCGGCCAGUCUGAGAGCCUCAGGAACCAAGGUGUAAACAGAAGUGACAGAAAAAGAGAAUUGAGGGUUCUGGAUUCUUCAGAGACAUAAACUGUAAGAUAAGUAUUUCCCAUGUGUGAACUGAGGAUGUCUGUACAGUCAGUGGUGUUUGCCCUGGCCAUUGCCUUGGUGUUCCUGAGCCCCUCCCCCAGCAUGGGGUAUCCACCUGGUGACCCAGGGCCUGAUGAUGUAUCUUUAGACCUAGAAAACUAUGAUCUGAACAGUGAGACAGACUGGGAGAACCUGGACCUCAACAUCUAUGGAGAGAGUUAUGACUAUGAUGACCUGGAUCAAGAGAUCACUGUGGCACCAGAGGCCCCUCCACUGACCAGUCAGCCCCCUGCUGAGUCCCAGGAGGAAGAGGUGACCCUGCUUCCUGAGGUCAGAUUGCCUAUAGCUCCUGUCACCCUGGACUUCAAGGGACCAGGUCUCUUUGGCCCCGAGACUGGCCUGGGUAUGCCCACAUGCCUGCUAUGUGUGUGUAUGGGAGGGAGUGUGUACUGUGAUGACACCAGUCUGGAACAGAUUCCACCUCUACCUAAAGACACCACGCACUUCUAUGGACGCUUCAACAAGAUCCAGCACGUAAAAAACACAGACUUCAUCAACCUCAAUAAGCUCAAGACCAUUGAUCUCACAGGGAACCAGAUAUCAGAGAUGGAUGAGGAUGCAUUCCGCCUUCUGCCACAGCUUCAAGAAUUACUAUUAGCUGAUAACAACUUGCAGGCCCUGCCUGAGUUGCCAAACACUAUGAGACACAUUGAUGCACGCAACAACAGACUCCUCAGCAGUGGGGUACACCCUGAGGGAUUCAAGGAUAUGAGCCAGCUAGAGUUCCUCUAUCUGUCCAACAAUAAACUGGAUUAUAUUCCUACACCACUUCCUGAGAGCCUGAGAGCGUUACAUCUGCAGAACAACAACAUCCAGCAUCUCCAUGAGGGCACUUUCUGUAACCGCCAUAACCGUAACUACAUUCGCCGUAACCUGGAGGACAUCCGACUGGACGGCAAUCCCCUGGACAUCAACUUGUUCGCCCAGGCUUACAUCUGCCUACAACGCCUGCCUGUUGGUGGCAACUGAGAGCCAUCAAUCACAAUAUUCUAGAGGUCAAAAGAUAGAAAUUAUAAUCACAAAUAGAAAUGUUGAUGUUUAGUAUGCUACAGCUGUCAGCUAUGGGACCAGACUUAAGAGAGGACUGGUAAUAGGGUUAGACUUAUAAAGGUCUUUGAAACCUACACCGAUAUUUUAAUAUUUCAAUAUUGUGUGCCAGUAAUCCAAGCAAAUUCAGUGAUUGUCAUGUCAAGAUUUCCCCAAUAUUGGCAUAAUGUCAUGUCAUGAGAUAUGUUUGUUCUUUUGAUGUUAUAUGAGCUACAUUAGAUAUAGUGAAGGGUUAAAGGUAAAUGGAUUAGGGACAAAACUAGGCUUAACUUGAAUUAACGGUAAUAUUUGGAAUCUAGUGUAGCUAUAGGAUAGGUCAUUCAUAGAGGUAUAAACAGGAGAGGUGAUUUAAGUUUACUGAUUUAGUCUUACAAUUAUGUUUUAGGAAUAGAAAAGUAAGGUUUGGACGAAGAACAUGUUAAGGUGUGGAUCACUCUAAACAGAAUGAUAAUAUUUGCCUUCAUAAUACAUCUGAGCAUCAUCCCAAUAAUGAGGUGUUAGGAUAGAAUCUAUAGACCACAGCAGCCAAUUUUCCAAUUUUCACAGAAGCCAUUUGACAUGAAAUAGUAGGUAAACACCAUUGAUGUGGCAUGAUUUUUCCAUUAGGUGGAGCUGCAGCCCUUGGUAGCUCUGUGUAUUUUGGUUGUGUGCAUGUGCUUUACAAUGUAGCAGAGCUACUUGUGGUUAGAGGCUAGGCUAACAGUCUCUAAAGUUUAAAAAAAAAAUAUAUAUAUAUCUUUUAGCAAAAUCGGCGAAUCUCAUAUUUACAUCUCAUACUAAAAUGUGAUAGGCAUCUGGACAUCUUAUACAGAUAACAAACAAUGCAGUCACAGCUGUUCAGUUUACCUGUGAUAUUUGUAUGUGUUCUGGUUGUCUGCGUUAUUAGUUAGUUAUUAGCUAUUUAGUCUAAAUCUAUAUACUAAGUUAGGAAAGCCUACAAGCUGCUGCCUGACAGUUUCAUCAGGAUGGUGUCUCAGGUGUAUGAUAGCUGGUAGGCCCCCUUGUCCUGGUUUACUAUCCUCUGGCCUUAUUUCCAGGUCACUAAAGUUUAAAAAUCAGCAAUCUCAGAUCACUACAAAAGGGAAAACCAUUUAAAACUUACAUAUUCAACCUGGUGACAUGCAGAAUAAAAGAAAUAUCAAUUGAUAAACAGAAUAUCUGCUUAACAGCACGUAUGUUUUGGAGCAGCAUGCCGUUAAGCCAACUUUAUACAUUUAUCAAAAGGGAAAACCAUAUCAUGGAAAAGGAGAGAUCAUUACAUCUGAGGACAACAAACACCAUCAUUGGAUCAAGAGGUGAUAGAAAUCUGGAAACAGGCCCACAGCAUGGUAACACUGCAGUGAUAAUAUUUCUACCCCACAACCAGAUACUUCAUCAUUCAUGAGAACACACUGUAUGGAUUCCUUUUGGACCUGGCUGACUGGCUGACUGUGUCAUAUGCCAAUUACAACAUGUACAGGAUAUGCAUAUACAUUUUAUAAACAUGCAUUUUUCCUUGUUCAGGUAGGAUAUCCAGAUACAUAUCACAUUUUAAUAAAAGGUGAAUAAGAGGUAAAUGAAGUAAUAAUCCAUUCCAGUCUUUUAGCUUUAGAUAAAUGCUUUAAAGAACCACACUAGUGAUUUUGAAUUGUUGGCACAUUUACUACAGUUUACCCACAGUUUACAUUGCAACAAAUCAUUUUGCAAUUGGCUGUGUAAAGUAAAUGUUUCUCUGGGGACUGUUUUCCACUGGCAACACCAGGACACCAUGUCCAAUUUCAAGUCAUCAAAACACUGCCUCUUUUAGGAAAACUAAUGUGGAUGACUUUAUUGUGGUGAUGGAAUACUGGUGCGAAGAAAGUCUGAAAGUUAAUUUUCAUAGUGUAGUGAAUUGAAUUGAAACCAAUGACUAGAAAAAAAGAUAGGAAUAGUUCUAUUGGAAAUCUCAAAUAUGACUGCUUGCUUUGGAAAAAGAUUAGCAGAAAUAAGAAGUACAUACAUCUUAUUAUAGAUGAUGAGUAGAUAUUAUGCUAAACAUGAAAAAUCACUGUUGUGGUCCUUUAAUUAUAAUUGGGCACAGACCAGCUCCUCCAAUCUGUACUGAGAUUACUGGUUGAUACAACACUGAACAAAUUCCCACUGGUGUACUGUGACCUGACAGCAAUCCAUUAGUCUGGUAACAAAAUGUCAACAAAAUGAGAGUCAGCCCUGGAUAUACUGGCAUACUCUAUGUCUAGCGUCUAUGGUUAACAUAAGGUUUAAAAAAAAAAAAAAAAAAGCAAAGGAAAAGUAAUUGCUGUUGCUCUGUACCACACAACAUUUAAUCACACUUUCAUUCAUUAAUGAUAUCAUGUGUCCUUUCUGUGG